CAACAUUGCGAAGGCGAGCAGCGCGGAUGACGACCUCAGCAAUUUGAAUUAAGGUUCGUUUCGUCGUGCAUUUCCCUUUAACGAUUGAAUUUCAACGAGGGAAUUACGUAAGAAGUCACAGAUGGAAGACCAACCAGGGCAAGCAGAAUCAGCAUCCAAAGAAGAGAACAAAACCGAGAAUGAACUGACCCCAGAAGGCCAAGAUGCUCAGAAAGAAAACGGAGACACGUCGAAAGAAGACGUGGAAAUGGCCGAGGAAGCCAAGGGGCCCAACACCCUUGGGAAGGGAAUGAUCAUAUUUGACGACGAUGACAUCUCAGACAGGGAGGUCACGCCCAAAGAGGAAGGGGAUGCGAAGACAGAGAAGAAAGGAAUGGCGAAACCUCCUCGUUCUAUUGAGAAGGAGGUUGGGAUCACGCAGUACGUUGGAGCUCAUGAAGGCUUCUUUGGCAUCUUGAAGCAAAGGUAUUCGGACUUUCAAGUUAACGAGGUGUCGAGCUCAGGCGAGGUCGUCCACCUGACUGACCUGUCCGUUCCUCCUGAGCCGCAGGAAAUUCCAGAGGCCCCUGCAGAGACACCCCCAGAGCUCACCCCACAGAAGAUAGUGGAGAUUGACAAGCUUCUUGGGAGGCCCCUGCGACUGGUUCCCUGCCUACCCCCCACAGCAGAGGAGGCGGAGGAUCCAGCCACUGAUAAAAAGGAUGAGGAAAAGGGAGACGACGCGGAAGUGAGGAUCUGCGUGGAUAACGUGGACAAGGAAGGCCGAACUGCCAUCCACAGGACCAUCAAGGCAAAGUACCUAAAUGUGGAUAGCUUAUUCAAGGAAGAAGAUGGCAAGAAGUUCAUUGUUGUCAGGAGAAAGAAAGCGAAGGGGACGUGUCGUCAGGUCAGGAAGUCCUGGCCCAGGUCAAAGCAGUUCACAACCUUCGUGUUGUAUAAGGAGAACGUCGACACAAUCGCCGCCAUCAACCUCAUCGCCUAUAAGAUCAGAUUGAAGCCCAAUAUGUUUGCAUAUGCUGGGACGAAGGACAAGCGCGGCAAGACAAGCCAGUUGGUCUCUGUGAAUCGGGUUGCCCCCGAAAAGCUAGCAUAUGCGGCAAGGAAUCAGAGGGGCAUUUACAUUGGUAACUUCACCUUCCACCACAAGCCUAUGAAGCUCGGCUCACUCCAGGGAAACCACUUUCGAAUUGUGCUCAGAGAGGUGAAGGCUUCAGAUGAGGCAAUAGAGGAAGCUGUUGCUUCCUUACGGUCACAAGGCUUCAUCAAUUACUACGGCACUCAGCGUUUUGGGACGAGUACUGUGCCCACUCAUCGCAUUGGCAAGGAGUUGCUCAGGAGUCAGUGGCAGGAGGCUGUGGACCUGAUACUGUCACCCCGAGACAAUGAUGACACUGAUUUGAGCCGGGGCUGCAGGGUAUGGUCUCAAACAAAAGACCCAGAGGCAGCUUUACUAGCAAUGAGAAGAGCGUCUGAGUCGUCCAUCGAGAGCCAGCUCCUCCAUGGACUCGCCAGUCUUCAGAAGAAUGACCUCGUGGGUGCCAUUAUGAGGAUCCCCAGGAACGUCCGCAACCUGUACCUGCACGCAUACCAGAGUUACAUGUGGAACCGCAUAGCCUCCAGGAGAAUCGAGGAGUUCGGCUUGAAGGUGCUGCCGGGGGAUCUCGUCAGACAACAGAGCACCACGAUCAUGGACGAAGAGGCAGAGGUCUUGUCUGAAGACUCUGCUGUUGAAGUGGGAGGAGACUCAGAGGGGGCAAAGGCAUCGGAGGGGGGAGCUACCAAUGCUGAAGCCACGGCGUCGAGUGCAGAGGGCGAAGCUUCAAGUGCAGAAAGCGAAACUCCGGGUGCGGAAGGAGGGUCAGCAAUAGUUCGGGUCUUAAGCGCAGAGGAAGCCGCGGAAACGGACAUCACAGAGGUGGUGCUGCCCCUUCCAGGCUACAACGUCACAUACCCCGAGAAUGUAAUGAAGGAGUGGUACAGCAAAUUACUUGAGGAGGAUGGCCUGUCCUUCACUGAGCUCAAACACCAUGUCAAGAUGUUCUCGCUGGGCGGCGUGUACCGGCGGCUGAUCAUGAGGCCGAGCGACGUGGAGAGUUCCAUCUGCUUUUACGACGACCCGACCAAGCCUCUCAUCCAGUCUGAUAUCGACAAGCUCCGGGACACCGACGUGCAAGAAAACAUACUCGCUGCGGGCGCGAACAAGGCCGUCCUCCUGGAGCUGACGCUGCCGCCGUCGUCCUACGCCACGAUGGCCCUGCGCGAGCUGCUCAAGAUGGACACGUCGGCGGAGAUGCAGGCGUCCCUGAACAGCGACUCGUUGCGGCAGUGGCAGCGAGGGUCCGCGGCGCCGAGGGAGGAGAACGGCGCCGCGGGAGGCGACAGCGACGGCGACGAGGAGAAGGGCGACGGCGACGAGCGACGGAGGAGGGGGGAGAGACGAGGCUGGGGGGGCGGCAGGGGCAGGCCCUUCCACCGCGGGCGAGGGGGCGGCAGGAGGCCCCCGUUCCACAAGCGGCGGGGGUUCCGGGAGCACGGCGGGGGGGAGCGAGGCGGCAAGCGGCCGUGGGGCGGCGGCCACGAGCGGGGCGGCGGCCGCGGGGGGGCCAAGAGGGGGCGCUUCUCGUGA